GGGUACUGUGUUAUAAAAUGGACGUUGUAUUCAGUGCAGGAUCAGACCGACAGGGAAUAGACUCAGUCCGCAAUCCAUCAGAGAAGAUAGCAGACCUUUUCUGAGCUCACUCAGCAGCCAAAUAUCAUUAUUUCUUGAAGAUAUAUACUUAAGUAAAAAAAAAUAAAAAAAAUAAAAAAUAAAAAAAGUCUUAUUUGAAUAUAGCUUUGCCUAGUAUCAUCACUUUCAAUGGAUAUCUUGAAAUUCCAGCUGGUAAUAGUUACCCUGUUUGCACUGGUGUAUCCAUAUCAAGGACUGUCGUUUAGUGUUGACAAGGAACACUGGGUAUCAAAAGACUGGCAGGAUGAGCCACUGGAAGAGAGAUUGUCCAGCCAAGUGGCUAGUCUGAUAAAGAGAUCCAAAGCCCGUCAGUUCUACGGGCUCAUGGGCAAACGCUCAGACGAUCAGCCGCAGCCUAUUAAAGUGGAUAGAAAACGAAAUAAAGGGGACAUGUUUGUUGGACUUAUGGGAAGAAGAGCACUAAGUGGGGAAUCGUUCACGAGGAUCAUUCCAGAUGCUCCAAGCACUGCGGUCGAUGUCGCUGAGGGAUCAGACACACAACCAGAUUCACAAGAGGAAUGGGACCAACUCCAAUAUUACUAAAGCUAGAAAAAAAAAAGAUUUGUUUUCAUGACCUAUACAAUUUUGAUAUAGACUCAAAAAGGACUACCAUACAAAACAAAACUGUAUCUCAUACUUGUAAGAAACAAAAUGCUAUAUCUAAGGUAUCAAAGUUCAUGCUGAUGAUUAUUGAAUAUUCCAUCCCUCAAAAAAUGUAAUUGUCUCUGCAAACAAUCGCAACUGUGUUGAAUGAAAUAAAAUAGCCAGGAAUGCUGCA